GAUCUAAUUUUGUUGGCAAUUAAAAAAGAGAUUUCAGAAGUGGGAAGAUGUUGGAGGGAAAAGCAUUGAUAGAAGAUAGUGAUAUGCCAUUAAAGAUGCAAAUCCAAGCUAUGGCUUCUGCUUCUCAAGCUCUUGAUCUAUAUGAUGUUUUGGACUACACAUCCAUGGCUGCCCACAUUAAAAAGGAGUUCGACAGAAGAUAUGGGAGUGGAUGGCAGUGUGUGGUGGGAUCCAAUUUUGGGUGUUUCUUCACUCAUAGUAAAGGAAGUUUCAUAUAUUUCACACUGGAAACUAUGAGUUUUCUCAUCUUUAAAGGAGCUGCUUCUUCUUCUUCUUCAUGAACAAUUUGUAGAGAAGUGAUAUAUCAAGAAUGGGGAACACAUCUUUAAAGGAGUUGCUGCUUCUUCUUCAUGAACAAUUUGUAGAGAAGUGAUAUAUCAAGAAUGGGGAACACAGUGGUGUGUUUUUAUGGUAUAUAGGAGUAUUUCAUUUUCUCUUACACUUUUUAGUUUUUAUAGGAUCUAUGGCAAAUAUAAUAUUGUUUUUUUUUUCUAUGUUUUCGAGUAGCAUUUUUCUUCAAUGCAUUUUUUUUUCAAGUAUAUAUUUAAGAGAUGUUAAAUUA